AUGGAGAAACCUGCUACUGCUGCUGCUGACCUCUAUGAUAAAUCCUUCAUUCAGCCGUCGAUGGAGAAGUUUGGACCAGAUUAUAGUGAAGAUAAUAAGAAGGAAGGAAGCCUAUCAACUAGUCUGGUGAGCAAUGGAUGCGUGGACUUUCGCGGAAAUGUUGCGAACAAAGAAACAACUGGAGGGUGGAAGGCCUCUCCGUUUAUCAUCGUGAAUGAGGUAGCAGAGAGGCUCGCUUUUUUCGCGAUUGCAGUGAACAUGGUGGCAUACUUUGUGUUUGAGAUGCAACAAUCGUUACCGAAUGCAGCGACUCAUGUAACAGAUUGGAUCGGAGCUGCAUACGUUCUCACUCUUUUUGGAGCUUUUCUGGCUGAUGCUUACUUAGGCCGCUUCAAAACCAUCAUUAUUUUCUCUUGUAUUUACGCAGUGGGAAUGGUUUUGUUGACUGUGUCAGCCUCCGUGGACAGCUUACGUCCCGGUCCAUGCACGGCAAGACCAUGCAACAAAGCAACCGACGGCCAAACAUUGUUCCUGUACGCUGCACUCGGCCUCAUAGCCCUCGGAACCGGUGGCAUCAAACCAUGCGUCUCGUCUUUCGGGGCUGAUCAAUUCGAUGAGGCUGAUUUUGAUGAAGUCCAAAAGAAAUACUCAUUCUUCAACUGGUUCUUCUUUGGCAUAAACAUGGGUGCACUCUUGGGGAUUACACUACUCGUUUACAUACAAGACAAUAAGGGUUGGACUUGGGGUUUUGCGAUCCCAACAGCUGCAAUGGUUUGCUCAGUUGUCAUCUUAGCUGCCGGAAUUCCCAAGUAUCGUUACCAAAAACCAAUGGGCAGCCCUUUUACCAGGUUUAUUCAGGUCAUCGUUGUCUCAUUAAGGAACCAUUCUAGAGGUGUUGAAGUUGGAAGCCAAGCAGCAUUAUACGAGGUCAGGACCGUGGAGUCUGAUAUCGUGGGUGCGCGAAAGCUACCUCAUACUACACAAUACAGAUUUCUGGACAAAGCAGCUGUUAUAACAGACCUAGAGGACAUCCAAAAGACUCGUUGGUGGCUUUGCACAGUGACACAAGUUGAAGAAUUUAAAUGCUUCGUUAGAGUCCUCCCUAUAUGGGCAUCAACCAUAGCUCUCUCCAUCUCCUUCGCUCAGCUCUCAACCUUUUUCAUCAGCCAAGCUGCCGUAAUGAACCGCAAACUUGGUCCCAACUUCGAAAUCCCUCCGGGUUCUGUCCCCAUCUUCAGCGCCAUCAACGCCCUCAUUCUCGUUCCUAUCUAUGAAAAAUGGAUGGUUCCGAUCAUACGUACGCGGACAGGCCACCACCGUGGCAUAACAUCGUUGCAAAGAAUGGGUGUCGGGCUCUUCAUCUCCAUCUUUGCUCUGGCUUCAGCCGCUUUAGUAGAGAAGAAGCGUCGAGACCACUACUCAAAGCCGUUUAGCAUGAGUGUUUUCUGGUUACUUCCACAGUUCUUUCUAAUCGGUGCCGCUGAGGUUUUCACGUACGUUGGCCAGUUAGAGUUUUUCUACGACGAAGCUACGGAUGGUACGAGAAGUAUAAGUAGUGCAAUGUUCCUGAGUGAGAUAGGAAUAGGGAGUUGGUUAAGCACGGCGCUCGUUAAGAUCAUAGAGAGUGCAACUGGUGGAGAUAAAAAAGGGUGGUUGAGAGGUACUCUUAAUCAGAGCAGGCUUGAUUAUUUCUAUUGGAUAUUGACGGGCAUUAAUGCCCUGAAUUUCUUGGUGUAUCUGUUGGUUUCACGGCGUUAUAGAGGCAAACGUGGGAACGGCACAAGUGUGAGAGACGGGGAAGAUGUGGACAACUGA